AUGGAAUUGCGUACGGAGCUUUCCAGCACCCCGACGACUCAGACAGCGAUACCUGUCUCGGUGGCGGGCACGCUCCUUCGCGCUCCGCCUUUGCUCCUACGCGCCACCGAGAAGUACCCCAGGACUCCCAAGUGCGCCCGGUGUAGGAACCACGGGGUCGUCUCGGCUUUAAAGGGCCACAAACGUUACUGUCGCUGGAAGGAUUGCAUGUGUGCCAAGUGCACCCUGAUCGCAGAGAGACAGAGGGUGAUGGCGGCCCAGGUGGCCCUGAGAAGGCAGCAGGCACAGGAGGAGAACGAAGCUCGGGAGCUACAACUUCUGUACGGGACGGCGGAAGGAUUGGCUCUUGCAGCUGCCAACGGUAUGAUGCCAUCGCGAUCUUCUUACGACGUGUUCGGUUCUGUCUGCUCCGAUGGUAACGCAGAAACGAAACUCCAGAAGUAUGAGUUAUUUCAAAAAAGUUUAAUGCCGAGAGCUGUUACUCCGCAACAGUCCUUGGCGAAGCCGAUGGUCGGAGACAGCGAAUCGGGUACUGGUAGUGUCCCCGGGACCUCGUCCCCAGAUGUUCGUCACGGAUCUGGGUCUGAGAACGGAGAUGGAGAAUCUUUCCUUAGUUCCCCUAUCUGUAAAGUUCUAAAGGAAGGAGAAGAUAGUCCAAGGACCAUCACGCCGCUGGGUUCUGAAUCUGGGUCAGAGGCAGACAAGGACGAGAGAGACGGGACCCCGUCCACAGCUGCCCGCCAAAGGACUCCCAUAGAAAUUCUCACCAGGGUCUUCCCUUCGCACAAAAGAAGCGUUCUCGAGCUGGUCCUCCAGGGCUGUGGAGGGGACGUUGUCCAAGCUAUUGAACAGAUCCUGAACAAUAGAGAACAAGAAAAGAUUACGGAAGAAACUUGGCACCGAGAAAGGACGCACCAGACUGUUCAAGGACCUACAUCGCAUAGACCCCUGGUAGCUGGGACCGUGCCUCCUGCCAUUGGGACUCUAGGCAACAGAUCUGCUUUCUCCCCACUCCAACCGAAUGCGGCCCAUUUUACUGCAGAUCCCAAUACCUAUGCCAUUGGGCCACAUCUAGGACUCAACCCUCUUCGCUUAGCGUAUUCAACCCAUAGCAGGGGACUUGCUUUCAUGACGCCUUAUUCUACGACGGGUCUUGUCCCAACACUGGGCUUUCGUCCACCCAUGGAUUAUGCCUUCAGCGACCUCAUGCGAGACAGGUCCAAUUUACACAAAGAUCAAGUGUAUACUAAUGGACUUUACGGAUCAGUUGUAAAUAAUAACCCGGAUAAACAGUAA